CUUCUCGAGCUCGCAACUCUCCUCCGAGAAAGAAGGGGCGCUCAUUUCGCUCAUUUCGGGUGAGAGAGUGCCGGGAUGGAUUACUACUGGUCGGUUGAGAAGACGUGCGUAGUGAUAGACCUCGGCCGGGCCUUCACCAAAUGCGGAUUCGCCACCGAGGCCGCACCACGACACAUCUUCCGCACACCGGAGCUCAUCCAGGUGACCAAAAGGCCAUUUUCCUUAGCCCCUCUGUGUGUAAGAGUGCAUUCCCAUGUGCUGAUGUUUUCUGUUGAUUGAUGUAGGAGGUGAAAACCGACACUGUGACGUCGACGGCUUCGUUCGAGAGGUGGGUUCAGGUGUUUGAGGAGCUGUUCAAGAACGUGUUCUUCUUCUACCUGCAAGCCAACCCCAAGGAGCGCCGCGUCAUCAUAUGCGACAAGGUCUGCUCCCCGCGGCCAAUGCGCGAGGCCAUCAGCAAGGUCCUCUUCGAGAAACUCGCCGUCCCGGCCAUCCACUUUGUCCCGGACCUUUUGCUGCCGCUAUACCUCACCGGCCUGUCCACAGGCAUCGUGAUCGACUGCGGCUACGAGGAGACCCGCAUCCUCCCCAUCUGUGAGUGCGUGCCGCUCUACAGCGCCUUCACGACGGCCAGGGUGGGGGGCCGCCACGUUGACGAGAAGCUGCGGGAGGCCCUGCUGGCCUAUGCCAAGGAGAACCCCAGCAACGUCAAGCGGCCGGCAAAGGGCUGGGCGGGGAGAAGAAAGAGCACUCCCAUGAGCAGCCCGAGUGCGAGCCAGGAGGAGCCGACACCGGAGGCCGCCGAGGAGCCGCCACUCACUCUGACAGACAUGGUAGGGACAGCUGGAAAGCACACAGAGAGGUGGCGUGGCGCGACACCACACCAGUCAAUCAAUCAAUGAGUGUGUGGUUCCCCCAGGUGGGUUCGUUGGACGACGUGACUUUGGAGGACAUCAAGAUGCGGUGCUGCUACGUGCGGUAUCGGCUGGCGGACGGCGGCAAGUGUGUGUUGGAGACCAGCAAGGACAUCAAGUACCCGCUGCACUGCGACCAGGCCAUACCCAUCAAAGCAGCCACACGGUAAGGAGGGAAACGUGCUGACUGACGUUGCGGAUCGGAUGCUCUCUCCAUUCGAUUCGCCCUUUGUGUGCAGGUGGGGCGUGUGUGAGGUCCUUUGGGACGAGUCUGGCGAACGCACAAACAUCCAAGAGGGCAUCAUACAGUAGGCAGCGCACUCACUGCUCCUGUAUUGGCUGUGGUGAUAUGUGCCAUUCCACUCCUCCCCCCUGUGUCGUGUUGUGUGUGGUGCCUGCGUGCCAGGAUGUUGGAGAAGUGCCCCGUUGACAUUCGCAAGUCGCUGGUGCAGAACAUUGUGGUGUGUGGCGGCACAGCGUCGCUGCCCGGAUUUCUCCCUAGAAUGGCCUUAGAACUCAAGUAUCCACAGCACAGCAGGAUGAUGCAGACAGACAGACAUGGGCAGCAUCAGGCUGGCUGGCUGUCUGUCUAUGCGUGUGUUGAUCGAUCGAUCAGAAUGGCGUUUGAGAGCGACUCGAGGCUGCAUCACGUGUGCGAGCGUGUGGAGUUCAGUCUGCCCCAGUUCCCUCCAGCAUCCCUCAUAUGGGUCGGGGGGGCCAUCUACGGCUCCAUGGAAGGCGUCGCGGUAAGUCUGCAUGGAAAGCAUACAUACCCAUGUCUGUGUUCAUGUUGCUGCCUGUGACAGGAGUAUUCUGCCGCCCAGUACCAGAAGGGCGUGAAGACCCCCGACUGGGCCGCCUUCACCCUCGUCCAGCAGCCGGUGCAGCCACCCCCAUCCGCCGACUCGCCAACCAACAUCGGUGUGCCACCGGCUGGGUCAGGGCUCGCCCCCCCGGCCCUCUCCUCAUCCCCUCAGAAGACGUCCAGCAGUCUCCUGGCCAGCAGCCCUGCCGGUGGCGGCAGUGGGGGCCUCACACUGCCGAUGGCCGAGUCGCCCCAGGGCAGCAACCAAGACAGCAACGUGGUGGAAGAGCAGGAGGCGUUGCCCUCACCGUCACGAUCGCAGGAGACGCCGGCUUCUAUGUCGGUGCCGUCACCUGGUGCCGACGCAGCGAAGGCUGAUGCAGAGGGCGUGGGGGGUGGGGAGGGGGCUGGGGCUCCAUCGGCUCAGCCUGAGGCGGGCCGUGACACCGACACGGGUGCAGAGGGCACUCAGGCAGCACCAGCAGCGGCGCCGGCACCGGCAGCCGAAGGAGCAGGACGGACGUAAGAACCACACACGCACGGCAACAACAACCAUGCGAUGAACACGUGUGUGUGUCUAUGUGGGCCUGUUGUAUGCAGUGGGACCCGGUCCAACAUCGCCCCUCGGCCGGCCGGCGCCCCGUCGCGGACUUCAGCAUCCACAAGGAGCAGCGGGGCGGCGGCAGGGAGGCGGGGGCGGCGCGAUGACGCCACCACAUAGCUGAGCCCGCCGGCAGCGGACAGGCAGGCAGCCAUGCAUUAGUCAGAGGUAGAUGUUGGGCUAUGGAUGGAUGGAUGGAUGGAUACAUUGCCCUCCCAGUCUGUCGUGUGUGCGUGGUCUUAUUGCUGGAUGGACACCUAUAUGAACACACACACACACACACACGCACACGCACACGCACACGCACACGCACACGCACACGCACACGCACACGCACACGCACACGCACACGCACACGCACACAUGUUCAUUCAUUAGGGACUCUGAAUCCUGUUUCUGGCUGUCUGCUCGGACCUCUUCCGCUCGUUCCCACAGUGAUGCAUGCAAAGCGCUGUGACUCAUGACUCUCACUGUCGUGCUUCAGAAAGC